GUCCACAGCGCUGAGCGCCACCGGCCCGCCACCAUGCUCGUGCUCAACCAGAACACGCAGCGCGACACGGGCCGCAGCGCCCAGCUCGCGAACAUCGGCGCCGCGCAGGCCGUCUCGGGCAUCGUCCGGUCGACGCUGGGUCCCCGCGCGAUGCUCAAGAUGCUGCUCGACCCCAUGGGCGGCAUCGUCAUCACGAACGACGCCAACGCCAUCCUCCGCGAGAUCGACGUGAGCCACCCGGCGGCGAAGCAGAUGAUCGAGCUCAGUCGCGCGCAGGACGAGGAGGUCGGCGACGGCACGACGUCCGUGAUCGUGCUCACGGGCGAGAUGCUCCAGGUCGCCGAGCCGCUGCUGGCGCGCAACAUCCACCCGACGGUCAUCAACCGGGGCUACAGCGCGGCGCGCGACGCGGCCAUCAAGGCCUGCGACGCGAUGGCGCGGCCCAUCAGCCUCGACGACAAGGCCGCGCUCCGCGCGCUCGUCGAGUCCUGCAUCGGCACGAAGUUCUCGUCGCGCUGGGGCGACAAGGUCAUCGAGAUGGCCAUCGGCGCGACCCUCAAGGUCGUCGUCGAGAAGGGCGGCGUCGACGGCAAGGAGUCGCACAAGGAGGUCGACAUCAAGCGCUACGCGAAGGUCGAGAAGCUCCCCGGCGGCGAGCCGAGCGACUCGCGCGUGUUGGACGGCGUCAUGUUCAACAAGGACGUGACCCACCCGCGCAUGCGCCGCAAGAUCGCCAACCCGCGCAUCCUGCUCCUCGACUGCCCCCUGGAGUACAAGAAGGGCGAGUCGUCCGCGAGCGUGGAGAUCUCCAAGGAGGAGGACUGGAACACGCUCCUGCGCAUCGAGGAGGAGUACAUCGAGAACAUGUGCGCCCAGAUCGUCGCCGCGCGGCCCGACGUCGUCAUCACGGAGAAGGGCGUGUCCGAUUUGGCGCAGCACUACCUGAUGAAGGCGAACAUCACGGCCUUCCGCCGCCUGCGCAAGACGGACAACAACCGCGUCGCGCGCGCCUGCGGCGCGACCAUCUGCUCGCGCACGGACGAGAUCCAGGAAUCCGACGUCGGCACGGGCUGCGGCACCUUCGAGGUGAAGAAGGUCGGCGACGAGUACUUCGCGUUCCUGGAAGGGUGCACGUCCGCCAAGGCCUGCACGCUGCUCCUCCGCGGCGGGUCCAAGGACGUGCUCAACGAGGUCGAGCGCAACCUCCAGGACGCCAUGCAGGUCAUCCGCAACGUCGUCCUCGAGCCCAAGCUGCUCCCGGGCGGCGGCGCCGCGGAGAUGGCCGUCGCGCACGCGCUCCAGGAGGAGGCCGCCAAGCUCCCGGGCGUCGAGCAGUUCCCCGUGCGCGCCGUCGCCGAGGCCAUGGAGGUCAUCCCGCGCACGCUCGCCAUGAACUGCGGCGCGAAAGUCGUCCGCGCGCUCACGCAGCUCCGCGCGAAGCAGAAGGACAGCGGCCCGACCUGGGGCAUCGACGGCACCUGCGGCGACGUCGUCGACAUGAACGACACGGACGGCCCCAACAUCUGGGAGCCCUACGCGGUCAAGGUCCAGACCAUCAAGACGGCCAUCGAGGCCGCGAGCCUCAUCCUCCGCGUCGACGACAUCGUCUCCGGCAUCAAGAAGGGCAAGUAGGCGGGCACACUGCCCGCCGCCGCCGAUUGCCGCGCGCCCUCUUAGUAAACCGCCGUCUCUCCG